CUGUGCUGCUGCAGGCACCCUCCCCACAGUUAUCCCAACAGCCCAUCCCUCUGGCAGGUCUGCCUGGGUGUCUGUGUGUUCCCAGCUCAGCCCCAGAAUAUCCCCUGGGAAAAAGGGAUACCACUGAAAUGGAUUCUGACCUGCUGAGCCUUCCAGUUGGGGUCAAGAUUCCUGUGAAGCCCGGAUCCAAGCCUGUCUUCUGCAGGGGAAAGCUGGGGGAAAAGCUUCAAGGUCCAUGUCUUUAUUACUCCCUGGAUGAUCCCUACAGCCACCACCUCAGCAUAGAGUACAACUGCCUGCAUGACCCCCACCUGCGGGAGUACCACCAUCGCAAGGACGUCCUGAAGCUGCUGAGGAGACGGGGCCUUGUCACCCGUGAUAACAAGGUGAUUUGCACUCUGAAGGAGUUCAAUCAGUACAGGGACUAUGUGACCAGGCUCAAGCUGCAAGCAGAGGAGAUGUUGGGACGGCGAGAUGUGUUUUCAUGGGCAGAGGAACAACUAACUGCAGCAGAAGCCCAGAAGCUCCAAUAUCUGGCACAUAUUGUUGUGCACAAAGUGUUUGGGAAGCUGAAGGUUCCUCAGGAUCAGCAUAUCACCUUUUUAAGGAGGGCUGCCCGGGGGAUCAGAGGACAGCCUGCUCACAGAUGCAGGAGACCAGGGCCUUUAGAGAAACCUCUAGAUCGCCACCAGAAAAUAGAAGUGAUGGCCCAAGAGCUUGUAGCAAUGGUGUUGGACAACUUGGGGGACCAUCUGGAAUCCAGAACUGCUCAGGCAGGGGCAGCAGCCAGGCCUGUUGAUGGAGGAACCACCCGAGCAGAAAGAUUGAAGGAAGCUUUAGACAGAGAACGUUUACACACUUGCCUUGACAAACUCACCCAAGAAGUUGUUAAAAGUGCUCGCUUCUUCUUGAAAUCCUACAUAGCUCGUUGGUUAGGACAAGGCUAUGGGUACACUGAAAUCCUGGAACUUCACAAGGAAAAGGUCUCCAAGAGGAAGCUCCAGUCAGGAGAACCCGCAGCGUCUGAACAGCAGAGGCUGGAAGCAAGCAAAGGAGCAAAGCUGCACCCCUUAGAACCACAGGACCAAGCAGAAGGGACUGGCUAUGACAAAACCUUGGAGGCUGACAUUCUUGCAACAGUGGAGGAGAACUUGGAGAGAGAAAUUAAUGCAACAGGCUUAGCCAACAAUUUGGAUAUAAGGACCAUGGCAAAUCGGAUUGUUCAGUCUUUAUUGGAGCGACUUGGUCAACCUGGGACUGCACCAAAGCCCGAAGGGAAUUUCCAAGGGUCUGCCACAAAGCCACCCACACCCCAAGGUGGAAAGGAGGGCGGUGCUGCUGAGGACACCCUCCCAUCCCUGGACCCAGAGUGUCCCCUCCAGCCCGUCCCUCCAGUGGGGCCGAAGCCCCCUGCCCAGGCCGGGGCUCGGCGCAGAUCUGGGCACUCACAGCCCGUCUGAGCAGAGCCAGGUGUGUGGCAGGAUUGGUGAAGAGCCCCCGGACAGCACACACAGACCCACACCCUUGUUUUGCCAAUAAAGAGUUUUACU